AUGGAAUCGAGUUCCAAAGGAGAAGAUGAAGUCGGAGGAUACAACAGCAGCAACGUUAAAAAAGCCAAACUGCAGUCGACACUCGCUGCUGUCCUCGACGAUCCUAUACUUUCUGAUGUCCCCAAGAAACCCACUUUAUCUGACGUUGACACCCUUAUCAGCCUUGAAAUGGGUAGCGCCAUGCGCAUAUCUGUUAAAAAACUAGACGGAACCUCUUUUGAUAUAGCAGUGAUGAAUUCGGCUACCGUUAAGGAUUUGAAGCUUGCAAUUAAGAAGAAAGUGAUUGAGAUGGAGCAAUCCAAGAUGGGUCAUCGUCAUAUUUCAUGGAAGAAAGUAUGGGCGAAUUUUGCCCUCUCGUGUCAUAAUCAAAAGCUGCUCGAUGACAAUGCUGCACUUCAGGAUUUUGGCAUUCGCAAUAAUUCUCAGGUGCAUUUUGUGUCCUAUGUCAUGUCAAAGGGUUUUCGAAGGCAGUCUAAGCGGAGAAAGCACCGUUUCUUCCAUGGCCUUAACAAACGUGCUUAA